AAAAAAACGGGGUAUGGUUUGAUCUUCAACACACACUCGUACAUUUUGCUGCAGCAAAGACGUUUCGUGGGUUUGUCAAACUUCUGAGCGUUUGUGUUGCUAAAAAACAUCAAAGCCAGGGAAAGAGGUUGGAACACCGUCCGAUUUUUUAUUGGAUUACACGUCAUUGUUCCGUUUGACAACUUCGGUAUAGAAACAGAUAAACUUGUAUUAAGUUUGGUUUCUAGACUUCCUUACAAGGCACACGUUUUGUGCCACACAAGGCGCAAAUUGCAGUUUUUCAAUCAGUGAAAGCCUCUUUGUGCUUUGCGAGCUCAUACACCAAUAGGGAACCCUGCCCCAUCUCUCUUCCACAAUCAUAGGCAUCACUUUGAUUAGGGAACAGGGAAUCUCUGAUUUAAUUAUUAAGUGCACUUCGCACCCUUCCAUUAAGCCCCGCGUGGGUUAUCAGAUAACAGGUUCGUGGAGAAGAUAAGAUCAAUGACCUGAGCGACGACUCUUCGGGAUCCACUGUCCCAAACCCACCAGCAGAUAGAGGACCCCUGAGUGUAACGAGGCUAACGGACUGGGGAAAGGUAAUGCAGCUAUGCCAAACUUGAUGUUGGACUGAGGGAAUUUACUACACACAUACAACCACUGAGAAAGAAACCUGUCUACAAAUCAGAUUUUACACCCUUGGUAAAAAAAAAAAAUUAACCUAUCUCUGAGGUGACAAAAGGGGAAUAAUGGUGAUUUUGCGCCGGGCUCGGCCGCCUGCUUCCGCCCCGACCAGCAAUGAAUCUUGACUCGCUCUCGCUGGCCUUGUCUCAAAUCAGCUACCUGGUGGACAAUUUAACUAAGAAAAACUACAGAGCCAGCCAGCAGGAAAUACAGCAUAUUGUGAAUCGACACGGCCCCGAGGCAGACAGGCAUCUACUACGCUGUCUAUUCUCGCAUGUGGAUUUCAGUGGCGAUGGUAAAAGCAGUGGCAAAGAUUUUCAUCAGACACAGUUUCUGAUCCAGGAGUGCGCGUCGCUCAUCACCAAGCCGAACUUUAUCUCGACGCUUUGCUACGCCAUUGACAACCCCUUACACUAUCAAAAGAGUUUGAAGCCCUCACCACAUUUGUUUACUCAGUUGAGUAAAGUCCUCAAACUAAGCAAGGUUCAGGAGGUUAUUUUUGGCCUUGCUUUGCUGAACUCUUCCAGCUCAGAUCUCCGAGGGUUUGCUGCCCAGUUUGUUAAACAGAAGCUCCCUGAUCUUCUGCGCUCAUACGUGGACGCAGACCUCGGGGGUAACCAAGAAGGUGGCUUCCAAGAUAUUGCAAUAGAGGUCCUGCACCUGCUCCUCUCCCAUCUCCUUUUUGGACAGAAGGGAGCCUCUGGGGUUGGACAGGAACAGAUUGACGCCUUCCUUAAGACUCUGUGCAGAGAUUUUCCGCAGGAGCGCUGUCCUGUGGUGCUCGCACCACUUCUUUACCCUGAAAAACGGGACGUUCUGAUGGACAGGAUCCUACCAGAUUCUGGAGGGAUUGCAAAGACAAUGAUGGAGAGUUCGCUUGCAGAAUUUAUGCAAGAAGUUGGCUAUGGCUUUUGUGCAAGUCUUGAAGAAUGCCGUGCUAUAAUCGUGCAGUAUGGGGUCCGGGAGGUUACAGCCAGCCAGGUGGCCAGGGUCCUGGGGAUGAUGGCUCGCACACACACAGCAUUAUCUGACGGUAUUCCUUUACAGUCUAUAUCUGCUCCUGGCAGUGGAAUCUGGAGUGAUGGCAAGGAUAAGAGUGAUGGGUCUCAGGUUCACACUUGGAAUGUGGAAGUUUUAAUCGAUGUCGUCAAAGAAGUGAACCCCAAUUUAAACUUCAAAGAAGUAACUUAUGAGCUGGAUCAUCCGGGGUUCAUUAUUCGAGACAGUAAAGGUCUGCAGGUUGUCGUAUAUGGCAUCCAGAGGGGCUUGGGAAUGGAAGUGUUUCCUGUCGAUCUUAUCUAUAGGCCUUGGAAACAUGCAGAGGGCCAGUUAUCAUUUAUUCAGCAUUCCUUAAUGAACCCGGAUAUCUUCUGUUUUGCUGAUUACCCCUGUCACAAUGUUGCUAUUGACAUACUGAAGGCUCCCCCUGAGGAUGAUAACCGUGAGAUUGCAACUUGGAAAAGUCUGGACCUUGUUGAAAGCUUGCUACGUCUGUCAGAAGUGGGACAGUAUGAGCAAGUGAAGCAGCUCUUCAACUUCCCCAUCAAGCACUGCCCUGACAUGCUGGUACUGGCCUUGCUACAGAUCAGCACCUCCUGGCAUACACUUCGCCAUGAACUUAUCUCCACCUUGAUGCCAAUCUUCUUGGGCAAUCACCCCAACUCUGCCAUUAUUUUGCACUACGCAUGGCACGGACAGGGACAAUCCCCCUCCAUCCGUCAGCUUAUCAUGCACUCGAUGGCAGAGUGGUACAUGAGAGGGGAGCAGUAUGAUCAGGCCAAACUCUCCCGCAUUCUGGACGUGGCUCAGGACUUGAAGUCUCUAUCGAUGCUGCUAAAUGGUACUCCAUUCGCCUUUGUUAUUGACCUUGCUGCACUUGCCUCUCGCCGAGAAUACCUCAAACUUGACAAAUGGCUGACUGACAAAAUAAGAGAGCAUGGGGAACCUUUCAUUCAGGCUUGUGUGACAUUCUUAAAAAGGCGUUGCCCUUCUAUUAUGGGAGGCCUGGCUCCAGAGAAGGAUCAACCUAAAAGUGCACAGCUCCCCCCUGAAACACUGGCUACCAUGCUGGCAUGUCUACAGUCCUGUGCAGGGAGUGUGUCCCAGGAGUUGUCAGAGACCAUCCUGACCAUGGUAGCAAACUGUAGCAAUGUCAUGAACAAAGCUCGACAGCCACCACCGGGUGUAAUGCCAAAGGGGCGUGCUCCCAGCACAAGCAGCUUGGAUGCUAUUUCCCCUGUACAGGUAUCGGUCUCCAUUUCCCCUCUUCAGAUUGACCCUCUGUCUGCCAUGGGUUCACUGACUAUAGGAGGAUCUGCAGCAUCUCACACACAGAGCAUGCAAGGAUUUCCAAAUCUGAGUUCAGCUUUCAGCAACCCGCAGUCUCCAGCAAAGGCUUUUCCAGCCCUUACUAACCCAAGUCAGAGUACACCAUUUGGUGGGAUUGGUGGCCUUUCUUCACAGCUUCCAGGUUCUUUAGGUGCUGGCACUUUGACAGGCAUAGGGACUGGAGGAAUAGGAUUGCCAGCAGUGAACAGUGAUCCUUUUGGACAGAGGAAGAUGAGUGCCUCGGGGUUAAACCCUCCCACCUUCCAGCAGAGUAAGAUGAGGCCUUCUGACCUUUCUCAGGUGUGGCCUGAAGCAAACCAGCACUUUAGCAAAGAGAUUGAUGAUGAGGCCAAUAGUUACUUCCAGCGUAUUUACAACCAUCCACCACACCCUACUAUGUCAGUUGAUGAGGUGCUAGAGAUGCUUCAGAGGUUUAAGGAUUCCAAUAUUAAACGGGAACGUGAGGUGUUCAACUGUAUGCUGCGAAACCUGUUUGAAGAAUACCGCUUCUUCCCUCAGUACCCUGACAAGGAGUUGCACAUAACAGCCUGCCUCUUUGGUGGAAUCAUUGAGAAAGGACUGGUCACCUAUAUGGCUCUGGGGCUGGCCUUGCGCUAUGUUCUUGAAGCUUUAAGAAAAUCUUUUGGAUCUAAAAUGUAUUACUUUGGAAUUGCUGCUCUCGACAGGUUUAAAAAUAGACUGAAGGACUAUCCCCAGUAUUGUCAGCACUUGGCUUCCAUUGCUCACUUUCUGCAGUUCCCUCAUCAUUUACAGGAGUAUAUAGAGUACGGGCAACAGUCGCGAGACCCUCCUGUGAAGAUGCAGGGAUCUAUCACCACACCAGGCAGCCUUGCUCUUGCACAAGCUCAGGCCCAAGCACAGGUUCCCCCAAAAGCUCCCAUCCCAGGACAGGUUAGCACUAUGGUAACUACAUCUACCACAACCACUGUUGCCAAAACCACUACCAUUACCCGCCCCACUGGAGUCAGCUUCAAGAAGGAUGUGCCAGUGAGUAUCGGUAACGCACGGGAAAUUGCGCCCUCUAUAAACACAACCAAUAUUGACACACUGUUGGUGGCAACAGACCAAACAGAGAGGAUAGUGGAACCUCCUGAAAAUGUCCAAGAGAAGAUCGCUUUCAUCUUUAACAAUCUGUCACAGUCCAAUAUGACCCAGAAGGUUGAAGAGCUGAAAGAGACUGUAAAAGAAGAGUUUAUGCCUUGGGUGUCGCAGUACCUUGUAAUGAAGAGAGUCAGUAUAGAGCCUAAUUUCCAUAGUCUUUACUCCAAUUUCCUGGAUACACUAAAAAACCCUGAAUUUGUGAAAAUGGUCCUGAAUGAGACAUACAGAAACAUUAAGGUGCUGCUGACUUCAGAUAAGGCAGCAGCAAACUUCUCUGAUAGAUCCCUUUUGAAGAAUCUGGGACACUGGCUUGGCAUGAUCACUCUGGCAAAAAACAAGCCCAUCCUGUAUACAGAUUUGGAAUUAAAAUCCUUGUUGCUGGAAGCCUAUGUUAAGGGACAACAAGAGCUUCUGUAUGUGGUCCCAUUUGUUGCCAAAGUCUUGGAAUCCAGUGUUAGGAGCAUGAUUUUCAGACCACAGAACCCUUGGACAAUGGCCAUCAUGAAUGUAUUGGCAGAACUUCAUCAGGAGCAUGAUUUGAAGCUUAACUUGAAGUUUGAGAUUGAGGUGCUGUGCAAGAAUCUGUCUCUGGACAUCAAUGACCUAAAGCCUGGAAACCUAUUGAAGGACAAAGAAAAACUGAAGAACCUAGAAGAGCAGCUAUCUGCACCAAAGAAAGAAGCCAAACCACCCGAGGAAAUGCUGCCUAUUGUUACAACUGGAGACUUUCUCCCCUUUGCAGCUGCUCCAUCUACUCCUGCCACAACAACAACCUGCACAGCUACUGGUCCACCCACACCUCAGUUCAGUUAUCAUGACAUUAAUGUCUAUGCUCUGGCAGGAUUAGCUCCUCACAUUAAUUAUCCUAAUAUCCCAUUGCUGCAGGCCCACCCCCAGCUGAAACAGUGUGUGAGGCAGGCAAUAGAAAGGGCUGUGCAGGAACUUGUCCAUCCUGUAGUUGACAGAUCCAUCAAGAUUGCCAUGACAACAUGUGAACAGAUUGUCAGGAAGGACUUUGCCUUGGACUCGGAGGAGUCCCGCAUGCGUGUAGCUGCCCACCACAUGAUGAGAAACCUGACAGCAGGCAUGGCCAUGAUCACCUGCAGGGAGCCUCUGCUGAUGAGCAUUGCCACCAACUUGAAGAACAGUUUUACAGCUGCCCUCAGGGCUCCAACACCACAGCAGAGGGAAAUGAUGGAACAAGCAGCUGCACAGAUAGCCCAAGACAACUGUGAACUGGCAUGCUGCUUCAUACAGAAAACCGCAGUUGAGAAAGCAGGUCCAGAGAUGGACAAGAGGCUGGCCACUGAGUUUGAACUGCGGAAGCAUGCCAGACAAGAGGGACGUCGCUACUGUGACCCAGUUGUACUGACAUACCAGGCAGAAAGGAUGCCAGAACAAAUCCGGCUGAAGGUUGGAGGUGUGGACCCUAAACAGCUGGCUGUUUACGAGGAGUUUGCCCGCAACGUUCCUGGAUUUCUUCCCAGCAAUGACUUGUCUCAACCCACUGGUUUCCUUGCUCAACCCAUGAAGCAGCAAGCCUGGGCAGCUGAUGAUGUCGCCCAGAUCUAUGACAAAUGUAUCGCUGACCUUGAGCAGCACUUGCAUGCGAUCCCCCCUGCCUUGGCAAUGAACCCACAGACACAGGCUCUGCGAAGCCUUCUGGAGUCCGUGGUGGUGGCCCGAAACUCGAGAGAUGCCAUUGCCGCGCUUGGCUUACUGCAGAAGGCUGUGGAAGGUUUGCUUGAUGCCACAAGUGGUGCCGAUGCAGAUCUCCUGCUCCGUUACCGUGAAUGCCACCUCCUGGUCCUCAAGGCUCUCCAGGAUGGCCGAGCUUACGGUCCGCAGUGGUGCAACAAGCAGAUCACCAGGUGUCUGAUUGAAUGCCGUGACGAGUACAAGUACAAUGUAGAAGCUGUGGAGCUCCUGAUAAGAAAUCACUUGGUCAACAUGCAGCAGUAUGACCUGCAUCUAGCACAGUCGAUGGAGAACGGCUUGCAUUACAUGGCCGUGGCCUUUGCGAUGCAGCUGGUGAAGUUGCUGCUGGUGGAUGAGCGCAGUGUGAGCCACAUCACAGAAGCAGACCUGUUCCACACCAUUGAGACCCUCAUGAGAACCAGUGCCCACUCGAGGGCAAAUGCCCCGGAGGGUUUACCACAACUGAUGGAAGUUGUCCGAUCAAACUACGAAGCAAUGAUAGACCGAGCUCAUGGAGGCCCCAACUUUAUGAUGCACUCUGGAAUAUCGCAGGCCUCCGAGUAUGAUGACCCUCCUGGCCUGAGGGAGAAGGCAGAAUACCUGCUGAGGGAAUGGGUCAAUCUUUACCACUCAGCGGCUGCUGGCCGGGACAGCACCAAGGCCUUUUCUGCUUUUGUAGGACAAAUGCACCAACAGGGGAUCCUGAAGACUGAUGACCUGAUAACCCGAUUUUUCCGUCUGUGCACAGAGAUGUGUGUGGAGAUCAGUUACCGUGCACAAGCCGAGCAGCAACACAACCCAGCUGCUAGUGCUGCAAUCAUUCGUGCCAAGUGUUAUCACAACCUUGAUGCUUUUGUCAGGCUCAUUGCACUUCUUGUUAAACAUUCUGGGGAGGCUACCAACACAGUCACCAAGAUUAACUUACUGAACAAGGUUCUUGGUAUUGUGGUUGGAGUCCUCAUUCAGGACCAUGAUGUCCGUCAGACUGAGUUUCAGCAGUUACCUUACCACCGCAUCUUCAUCAUGUUGCUGUUGGAAUUGAAUGCACCAGAACACGUGUUGGAAACCAUUAACUUCCAGACAUUAACUGCUUUCUGCAACACGUUCCAUAUUCUGAGGCCCACCAAAGCUCCUGGGUUUGUCUAUGCUUGGCUAGAACUUAUAUCUCACCGCAUAUUCAUUGCAAGGAUGUUGGCGCACACACCACAACAGAAGGGUUGGCCAAUGUAUGCCCAGUUGCUCAUCGACCUGUUCAAGUAUCUGGCACCCUUUUUAAGGAAUGUUGAGCUCAACAAGCCUAUGCAAAUUCUUUACAAGGGUACUCUGCGUGUGCUGCUGGUGCUCCUUCAUGAUUUUCCAGAGUUUCUCUGUGAUUAUCAUUAUGGUUUCUGUGAUGUUAUCCCACCCAACUGCAUCCAGUUACGGAACUUGAUCCUCAGUGCUUUCCCUCGCAACAUGAGGCUUCCUGACCCAUUUACUCCGAAUCUGAAGGUUGAUAUGCUCAGUGAGAUUAAUAUUGCUCCCCGUAUUCUCACUAACUUCACUGGAGUGAUGCCAUCUCAGUUCAAGAAGGAUUUGGACUCCUACCUGAAGACUCGCUCCCCUGUCACUUUUUUGUCAGAGCUCCGCAGCAACCUGCAGGUCUCAAAUGAGCCAGGUAAUCGGUACAACAUUCAGCUUAUAAAUGCAUUGGUGCUGUAUGUGGGAACUCAAGCGAUCGCUCACAUUCACAACAAAGGUAGCACACCAUCUAUGAGCACCAUCACCCACUCGGCCCAUAUGGACAUCUUCCAAAACUUGGCUGUGGACCUGGACACUGAGGGACGGUACCUGUUCCUCAAUGCGAUUGCCAAUCAGUUGCGGUAUCCUAACAGCCACACUCACUACUUCAGCUGCACCAUGCUUUACCUGUUUGCAGAAGCGAACACUGAAGCAAUACAGGAGCAGAUUACCAGGGUUCUGCUGGAGAGGUUGAUUGUGAACAGGCCACACCCAUGGGGUCUGCUUAUAACUUUCAUCGAACUCAUCAAAAAUCCAGCCUUCAAGUUCUGGAACCAUGAUUUUGUCCACUGUGCACCAGAGAUCGAAAAGUUGUUCCAGUCGGUGGCUCAGUGUUGUAUGGGGCAGAAGCAAGCACAGCAAGUGAUGGAAGGCACUGGUGCCAGUUAGGCAGGCAGGAAUUGCACCAACAACCUGGGACACCUCCCAAAGCUUUUCACUCUCAACCUGAAAAUGACAACGGGCAGCACAGGACUGGACACAGGACAUCGGACAGACUCUAUGCUAUUGGUUCUUGUGGACUUCUUGAUUUUUGGCCAAAAAAAAAACUUUGGAUAAGAAUCUAUGUAAACUAUGAAAAGGAUGUGUAAGACAUGCUGUGAAUAUAAUUUUGAACUUUAAUGUAAAUAAAAAGGGAGAUGCGUCUUUCAAAAUGACUAGAGCGCAGAAAGUGUAAAAUUGAUGUCUGGUACCAGUACCAUUUAAAAAUAAACAAAAGGCAGCUGCUGAAACAAAGUUCUAAUCCAGCCUUUUCACCCCAGGAUCAGCCUCCUGUCUUUCCUCAUACUUUUGAAGAGGGUUGUAACCCAUGAUUUUUUUUUUGUUGUUGUUGAGGCUUAGUGGAAUGGCAAAAUAAUUGGCCCAACUUUUUUUAUCUUAAUUUUGGGGGGAGGUGUAUAAAAGGGGGGACAGGGAAGCAGCCCGUUUGAUUCCUAAGGUUUAGUCCAGACUUAUUCCGAGGGGAUGGGUUGUGUAAUUUUAAACAUGGAUUUAAAGGUUCUCCCUAAAGCUUGUACAAUUGUGGAAUACAGAAAUUUCAGACUGGUAAAGAAUCUGUUAAGUUUGUAUAAAGAUCAAAAACAAAACAAAAAAGGACCAAUACAGCCCAUUUUGUAAGGAUUUUGAAUGUUUUGUAAAUGUAUUGGUCCAGGUGUUGUAUUUUGUAGUACUUUAUAGUUUUGCCUUUAGUUCUGCCACUUAUUUCCUGUAUGUAUGCAUACUGUAGUUACUGCAUUAAAAAUCAUAAACAGCA